UCCGGAGUUUGCGGCGAGCGGGGUGGAGAACGUCACGGCCUGCGCGAUCCGUUUCUGGCUCCGGAGCUGCGCCAGGCGGGCGCCGCGGGUGCCCUAGCGAGAGAAACCGAAACCAAAGCGUCUCGUACCAGUCCCCGGCCGGCCAGGUGUCCCGAGAGCCCUCGCGCCCCCCUGCGGAUCACGGAGCUCAGCGCAUCGACCGGCCCGCGGGCGUCCGAGGGUCGUGGCCGCACCGGCGGCCUCUCCCCCUUCCUGUUGGGUCGCCGGCGUUCGUCGCCUUGCCGGUGAGCCGCGCGCAUAAUGGCCAGGUGCUGCUUCUACGCGGUAGGGACCCUGUCCCUGCUCCUGCUGGUGACCAGCGUCACUCUGCUAGUGGCCAGGGUCUUCCAGAAGGCCGUGGACCAGACGAUUGAGAAGAAUAUUGUGCUAAGGAACGGUUCCGAGACCUUUGACUCCUGGAAGAAGCCCCCUCUGCCCGUGUACUCCCAGUUCUAUUUCUUCAAUGUCACCAACCCAGAGGAGAUCCUCAGAGGGGAGAUCCCUCGGUUAGAAGAAGUGGGGCCAUACACCUACAGGGAAAUCAGAGACAAAGCAGAGAUUCAGUUUGGAGACAAUGGAACAAUAUCUGCUGUCAGCAACAAGGCCUAUGUUUUCGUGCGAGACCAGUCUGUUGGGGACGCCAGAACGGACCUGAUCAGAACAGUGAACAUCCCUGCGGUGACCGCCAUGGAAUGGGCCCACCAGGGCUUCAUCCAGAUGCUCAUCCGGGCGCUGUUAAAGGCGUACCAGCAGAACUUCUUUGUGACACACACAGUCCACGACUUGCUCUGGGGCUACAAAGAUGAGCUCCUGGCCCUCAUCCACCCGUUCAAACCUGACGUCUCGCCCUCUUUUGGCUUGUACUAUGGGAGAAAUGGGACUAAUGAUGGAGACUAUGUUUUUCUAACUGGAGAAGACAAUUACCUUAACUUCUCGAAGAUUGUGGAAUGGAAUGGAAAAACGUCCCUUGACUGGUGGGCAACAGACAAGUGCAACAUGAUUAAUGGAACGGAUGGCGACACUUUUCACCCGCUCAUCACCAAGGAUGAGACCCUGUAUGUCUUUCCAUCUGACUUUUGCAGGUCAUUGUAUAUAACUUUCAGUAACUUUGAGAGCGUACAGGGACUGCCUGCCUUUCGGUUUAAGGUGCCCGAAGAAAUAUUAGCCAACACCUCAGACAACGCCGGCUUCUGUACACCUGCAGGAAACUGCCUGGGCUCGGGAGUCCUGAAUGUCAGUGUCUGCAAGAAUGGUGCACCUAUUAUUUUGUCUUUCCCACACUUCUACCAAGCAGAUGAGAAGUUUGUUUCUGCCAUAGAAGGCAUGCAUCCAAACAAGGAAUAUCAUGAGACGUUUGUGGACAUUAAUCCUUUGACUGGAAUUAUCCUAAGAGCAGCCAAGAGGUUCCAAGUCAAUGUUUACGUCCAAAAACUAGAUGGCUUUAUUGAGACAGGAGACGUGAGAACCAUGGUUUUCCCAGUGAUGCAUGUCAAUGAGAGUGUUCUCAUUGAUAAGGAGACGGCAAGUCGACUGAAGUCUGUGGUUAACACUACUCUGAUUGUCACCAACAUACCCUACAUUGUCAUGGCGCUGGGCGUGUUCUUUGGUUUGAUCUUCACCUGGCUUGUGUGCCGAGGCCAGGGAUCCAUGGACGAGUCACAGGGAACUGCAGAUGAAAGAGCGCCCCUCAUACGAACCUAGCUGUGGCCUGAGCAUGAUGAAGGCACCGUGCUGAGCUGUCCUGACACGGAUCAGAUGUGGGCAAACCGUUGCAUCCUCACUGGCUCGAUGUCUGUUGUGAGAGGAGGGAGGAGACCUAGAGCUAGCAAGUGAUGAUGAGAGCCUCCGGCCGGAGCCUAAAGAACAGGCUGAUUCGUUGGCCAUUAGGCUUUAUCAGAUCCUGUGGUCCCUGACCAAGUGUUUUGUUUUUCAUGUGUCUAGCAAGUAUUUAAUAAACUCUUGUACAGUAAUUUUUUUGCGGGUGGGUGCUGGUAGCUCCAGAAUUUUGUGACCACUGUUGUGGUUAUAAUGUCUCUGCAUCAGUCGUUAAUGCUACUUGGUCUAACCUUAUUCAGUACGCUUCAUUCACCAAACUGUGUACUCAGAAUACAUAAAUACCAUUUGUUCGUUGUAUUUCUCCAUUCACAUCACCCCCAAACCAGAAGUAAAUAAAGGUUCGGAACCCAGGGUAAAAUGGUAGCCUCGUUCAGUGCAUCAUUCAAGUGCAUCUAAUUUCCUUGUUUAAAAAGUUGUAUAUUGCAUUUCAUGCUAAUUGUCAGUGCACAAUUCCUCCAGGAACAUGAUGUGGUCCUCUGACCACUUUCAUACUGGUAGGAAUCAAGUGGUGAGAGGUUUGAUGGAGUGAGGCACCUGUAAGUUGGUAGCUAUAAACACCUGAGGAUUUUUUACUUGCACUUUUGGGUGAAAGAAAUGCAUAGAUAAUGCUGGUGAGGACAGUGCAGAUAUUCCAUACAGAGCAGAACUAAAUGCUAGUUCUGAGAUUUGUGGAUAGUUUGUUAUUUUUCUAAUUGAAAUGAUCUUGAUGUGGAAAGGUACUCCUGGGAGAAUGUAAUCAAUAACUGAUCCCCUGCCCAAUCACCCUUACUAAAUAUACUAUAUUACCACAA